AUUUUUUGUCACUUAAUACUCUUUUUAUUACAAUUAAAUAUACAAAAUAUAGGUUACACGUACAUAAGUACAUACUUUGGUCAAUUGGCUAUUGAAUUGGACAUCUAGUAGAGAAUAUGGCUUGUUGCGGGGGAGGAGAUGCAGAUGAAGACACUGGUAGAGUCAAUCCCUUUGAGGAUCGCUUUACAAGGCGGCAGUUUAUCCGAAAAGUUCUAACCUUGGUGACUAUUCUACUGGUGAUUACAACAAUCGUUACUACUCCCUUUGUGUUUUUGAAAGGACCUCGUCAGUGGGCCAGACGAUUUUGGUGGAUUUCGUUUAUUGGCAUGGGGGUUAUAACUGUAAUACACUUUAUUAUGUGCUGUUGCAGAAACUGUUUCACUUCGUCGCCUUGUAAGUGGAUCCUUUUCGUCCUCUAUGUCCUGGCCCAUAGCAUUGUGGUAGCCAUUAUGGCAGCCAGGUAUGCACCGCGCAUUAUCUUGAUGGCCUUUGGGGUUUGUGCAAUUUUGGUUCUAGCACUGACCCUUUUUGCGGCAUUUGCUCCUUGCGAUUUCACAAGCUGCUGGGUGUUUCUCUUCAUCUUGGGCCUCGCCAUGAUGAUUAUUGGCAUUGUUGCCAUUUUUUUCUACAGUCGAAUUCUGCAUCUAAUAUUUGCCAGCAUCGGGAUUCUGCUCUAUUCCUUAUAUCUGGUGGUGGACAUCCAAAUGAUAGUCGGUGGCAAAAACCGAAGGCAUCAGUUCGAUGAAGAUGAAUACGUCCUGGCAGCCUUGUCCAUUUACCAUGAUAUUAUAUUUUUGUUUAUUUACAUACUCCAGAUAAUAGGUCUAAUAGAUGAUUGUUAAGUACGCUUUAUUUGUGAUAAGCCUGAAAAAAUUGAAGAGUGAUUAAAUUGC